CCAACCCGAACCGGACCUUUCCUCAACCCAAUAGCUGCUCUCGGAACCCCCAAAUCUUCAUUAUUUUCAAUUUUCCAAAAACCCCUGAAAUUUGAAAACUUCGAAAAUCCCCAAUUCAUUCAUCAAAAGCCCUAAUUGAAGUAUGUCACAGAAGAAAGAAUCAGAGGGUAUCGCUUUGCUGUCGAUCUACGGCGAUGACGAAGAUGACGAAAUGGAAGAUAUGGAAGAACGCCAAGAAGAAGAAGAAGAAGAAGCAAGGCAAGAAGAAUACAAACCUGAAUCCGAAAACAUGGACUCCGAGCUCCUCCAAGAUGACAACAAUAACAGAAUUGUUGGUUCUGAUUCGGGUCGGAGUUCGACUCCAUCACCACUGAUUCAACAACUUCAGCAGCAACAGCAAUAUGUUGAAACUUUGACGGUUUCGAGCUUAGGGGUAAUUGGGUCUACCAUUACGACGCCGUUUAUGUCAGUCGCUUCUCCAAAUAAUCCUCAGCCGAUGGAUUUGAAUGUGAAUGUGAGUAGACGAGGAAGGCUUACAAUUGUUGACUAUGGUCAUGAUGAAGUUAAUAUGUCUCCCGAACCUGAGGAAGGAGAAAUAAUGGCCAGUGGGAGAGUCAUGUAUGGAGAGGAACUUCAAACUGUUAGUGUUGAAUCUAUAGAAAAAGCUUCACCAGCUCUUCAGGUUAGGACACCGAGCACUCAAACCCCUCCUCAGUCAGCUGAACCAUCUGAUCAGAUCGAUGAUGCUAUGGACUUUCCUGUUAAUGAAGGACAUGGAGUGGCUGAAGAAUCUGAUAUGGUUCCCGCAGAAGAACAAAAAGAUGUAGAUUUUUUGGAGAAAUUUCUUCCUCCUCCACCAAAGGAAAAGUGCUCAGAUGAAUUGCAAGAAAAGAUCAUUAAAUUCCUUGCUUUAAAGAAGACUACUGGCAGAAGCUUUAAUGCAGAAGUGCGCAACAGAAAGGAGUACCGGAAUCCAGACUUCUUGCUGCAUGCAGUGACUUAUCAAGAUAUUGACCAGAUAGGAUCUUGCUUCAGUAAAGACGUAUUUGAUCCGCGUGGAUAUGACAAAAGUGACUUCUAUGAUGAAAUAGAAGUUGACAUGAAGCGUGAAAUGGAGAGAAGGGAGCAAGAGAGGAAGAGGAGUCCAAAAGUUGACUUCAUAUCUGGAGGAACACAACCUGCAGCUAUGGUUCCUCCACCAAAAAUCAAUUUGCCAAUUCCAGAUGUUGUAACUCGGGAUGGUAGACAGAACAAAAAGUCGAAGUGGGACAAGGUGGAUGUUGAUCGGAGAGAUCCUGUUUCUACUGUCGGUGCACAUGCAGCACUUUUAUCAGCUGCUAAUGCUGGUACUGGCUACACUGCUUAUGCGCAACAAAGACGCAAAGAGGCAGAAGAGAAGCGACCUAGUGACAAGAAGUUAGAUAGAAGAUCUUGACAAUCUAAUUAGAUUCACUGACUGUGAAAUAUUACAGCUGCAGCACCCAAGUAUAGACAUGAAAGUAAUGCCUCUAAAGAGAUUAUGGACUCGGGAUUAUGAUCAUCUUUGCUGUGUAUAGACGAGCUUUAGAGCUUUCUAUAUUUGUCGUGCCAACACAAUCCAGUCCUGCAAAAUUUUGGCACAGACAAAACAGUUAUCUUCCUUGGAGCAAUGGUGCCUCAUUUAGAGAGGCAAUUUACUGGCAACAUGGGAAGAUUCCUAUAUAUUGUAAAUUGACCUUGAUACCCAGUUUUUAUGCUUGGUGAAAUCAAUCAUGGGUUUUGAAGUCAGGAAUGUACUUAGACAGUCGGAAAUUGAAGGUCGUGUGAAAGUUUGUCAAUAUAACAAUUGGAGAGAGUAAAUUGUAUUAGAUUCUUUUUGCCCUUUGUGCCAUUGAUGCAAAGUACACCUUUGGAUAUUAUAGAAAAUUUUCAACUCGAACAAAUUAUUCUGAGGAAGACCCCGAGCUAUUUGGGUGAAACUUCUUUCUUUUUGCU